AUGUUCCCCACGCCCGGAACUACUUCGUCCUCCGCACAACGCCAUCUCCAGGGGCUCGUCACGCGCCGCGCGGCCUCGGCGGAGCCCAAGAAUGCCGCGCAGUACUUCGGCCACGUAGCCGACGUCGUCCGCGCCAACGCGGAGAUCACCAAGUCACGCCACCAGUUCGUGGUCGCAGUCCUCGCCCUUGCGCCUCUAACGUGGCUCUCCUGCAGCACGUACAACCUCAAGCGUAGGGCCAAGGUCGCGUACAAGGGCUACGAGGCCGUGCUCAGCCGCAAGAAGCGCGCGGCGGUCGGCAGCAGCGUGAAACCGUCGGCUGCCAAUACGCUGUACGUACAGCGGCCUGCCGCGGUCCCCACGCCGGCCACAGCCACGUUCAACCCGGCGGCGGUGCUCCAGCUGCAGGCGAUGCUGCCUAGAGCGCAGCCUGUCGCGGUGAAGCCGGCGCUGAAGCUUGCAGCAGCGGCGCCGGUGUCGUCGGUCAUUCCGUCGACGACGCUGGCGACUCCUACGGUGACCUCAGUGGCAGCGACGACGCCCGGACGGAUGACUCCAGCGCAGAUUCAGCUGCAUCAGCAGCAGAUGAAGAACGCACAACUGCAGCAGCAGCAAGCAGCUCCAAGGAGAGCGGACUUUGUGGUCGGCACGACGGUGCUCAUCCGGAAUACUGCCGACCUGGUCGCGUGCGGAGCUCGGAAUCUCGCUGGGAAAACGGGACGCAUCGUAGCCGCCCCGCAAAUCUACGGACAGGAACUCUUCUCUGUCUACAUCGACGAGCAUGAGGCGCUUUUCCAGGUGCCGUUCAACGCGCUGACACUCGUUGCCCGUCCUACUUCGGUGCAGCAGCCGCAAACGGCUCAGCAAAUGCAGGCGCAGCUUGCAGCAGCAGGGGGUCGGCUUCUCCCCAACCAAAUGCCUCAGAACGGAAAUGCCCGAGGAUCCAAAUCAGCAGAGCAGAUCAAGAUGGAGCACUCGUUCCAGCUCCACCGCCUCAUGCAGCAGCAGUAUCGUGAGAUCCAGACAUUGCAGCAGCGCUACGCGGAAUGUCGACUCAUUGACCCCACCGCACUGUCUGGUAUUCAGAAGGAGCUGUCGAAGCUGCGGCUCGUACACCUCUCGCAGGUGCAAACCCUCAAGAGCAAGCAGGCACUAGACAUGAUCGGCAAGUAG